AUGGAUUGUCGAUUGUCCAUCUUAUGUGUCUUAGUCAGCCGCCAGAAUCCCUCCCUCCCAGUAGGUAAGGAUCCCACGUUCCUUUCCAUUUCGUUUCCGCGGACCACAGAGACCCAGAGUUUCCAGAAUCGCGAGAGCCAAGACUCAAAGAAAAGGCACAGCCCGUUCAAACGGACCCCGAACCUGACGCGCACGCCUUGCUCCUGUACAAGUUGGAACACGACACGGGUCACCCCAGCCAACAUCGUGUCCGCUGAUCUCAACUCAUAUUUUACGAAUGUCGUCUAUCCGUAUCUCCAUCCCUUACGAGACCCCGGUCUACACUAA